CGCCGGGCGCGGGGCGGCUGCCAGCGGGGCCCGGCUGCCCGCGGGGCCCGGCCCGCCCGCUCCAGCCCUCUGUCCGUUGCUCCCCGCCCUGCGAACGGCUUCGCGCUGCGGCACGGCUGCGGCCUCGGCGGGGACACCGCGAGCCCCGCUCCGGCUUCGCAGGACUGCCCUUAACCUCCCGUGACCCCCGGCUGACAGAUCCCUCGGGAGCGCCCUGUGCUGGGGGACUCGGCCGGCCAGCACCCCAUGUCCCUUAGGCUGCUGUAUCUAAAAUUGGGGUAGAUUUCAGUUUCCUAGAGGUCUGAACUCGUAGCAGCAGGUGUCGGUAUGGAACGUGUAACCCGCCUGUGGAAGAAGCGUCGGCGAACAGGCUCGACUGGGUAUCAAUCCCAAGGGCCUGAGGACACUCUGACACCCCUAAAAAGUUCCAUCCCUUUAUUUGGAAUACACGUUAUGAACCCUUUCUGGAGCAUGUCUACAGGUUCUGUGCGCAAGAGAUCUGACACUGAAGAGAAGACAUUGAGUGGAGAGCUUCGAACCAGUCCCCUGCGAGCCUCUGCAAAGAAACAGUUGCCUUCUAUCCCAAAGAAUGCUGUGCCAAUAACCAAGCCUGCUUCACCUGCCAGCUCCUCCCAGUCCACCAAUGGAACACAUGCUUCUUAUGGGCCUUUUUAUUUGGAGUACUCACUACUUGCAGAAUUUACCUUGGUGGUGAAGCAGAAGUUGCCAGGUGUCUACGUGCAGCCCUCAUACCGAUCAGCUUUAAUGUGGUUUGGUGUAAUAUUCAUAAGACAUGGGCUCUACCAAGAUGGUGUGUUUAAAUUCACUGUUUAUAUUCCUGAUAAUUACCCGGAUGGAGACUGCCCGCGCUUGGUUUUUGAUCUGCCUGUCUUCCACCCACUAGUGGACCCUUUAUCUGGUGAACUGGAUGUGAAAAGAGCAUUUGCAAAGUGGAGGAGAAACCAUAAUCACAUAUGGCAAGUGUUAAUGUACGCUCGCAGAGUCUUCUACAAGAUUGAUACAACCAGUCCUCUGAACCCUGAGGCUGCAGUGCUGUAUGAAAAGGAUGUUCAGCUGUUCAAAAGUAAAGUGGUAGACAGUGUCAAACUAUGCAGUAGUCAUUUAUUUGAUCAGCCCAAAAUAGAGGACCCCUAUGCAAUCAUUUUUUCUCCAUGGAAUCCAGCUAUACAUGAUGAAGCUAGAGAGAAGAUGUUGACUCAGAAGAAGAAGCCAGAAGAUCAGCACUGCAAAAGCAUGCACGUCUCUGGCCUGUCGUGGGUGAAGCCUGGCUCAGUGCAGCCCUUCAGCAAAGAAGAGAAGACGAUGCCCACUUAGCUGUCCUGAACACUGGUGCACAAAACACUUUUUGGGGGUGGAGGGAAUGUAACGGAGGGAGAAACUGCAAAGCAGCAGUUUCCUUCUUGACUACGGAUUAGUAAAACCCGAAUGGUAGCAGUGACUCCAGUAAACCUGUUCAAUGGAUUACUGACUCUUAAUGUUUUACAUAUGCAUUAGGUUUUAAAGGCUUGCCUGGAGUUUGGAAGUCUCUCUUGAACACUACAGUACUUCUACCUGAAGACUGUCUAGGGUGGGUAAUUCCUCAGGGCUCUGAAAUGCCUGGAGGUUUUGGGUUGGUUUUUAAGCUUUUAUUUUUUUCCCUCCAGGAAUAGCAAUUUUUUAAGAAGACUCUUAAAUUACUGGCGGAAGUAUUAGUAUUGGAAAUACACUGCCAGAGUUAAGCUGUGUUCAUGUAAACUAAUAUAGCAGAGUUAAACACUAUAUUUAAUGGUUUUAAAUACUUUUGAUUUCUAUUGUAAAUAUGUUAGGAUUUGAAAUUGUAAAUAGACAGUUCAUUGACUCCAUUUAGCACUUUCCAGAAGCAAAGCUGGGGAUGAUGUAUGAUGUAUUAUUGAUUUGUAAAUGGAUACUGUCACUAAAGCGCACAUUAGUCUGACAGGGUGAAAGCGGAAUGUCAGGCUUGUUAGACUUUUUAGUACAAAAACACUAAAAUCAAAGCUUUUAAUGGUGGUCUCUUGAGCUAAUAAAAUCUUAGAGGGUUUUAGAUUCCCUAGGUGUCUAGGGGAUUUCUUAGGAUAGCUUGACUUGUGUGUUAAUAGUGACAUCUUAAAAUAAAAAGAAACCAUGCUCUA